AUGGAUGGCCAACGAGUGGAUGAGGGAAAUGGGAUGGGCCGAAGAGGGGAGAAAGAGAGGGGAAGGGGGGGGGAAGAAGAACAGGUAUAUCUAUGGGAGGCUGGUGGGUUUCGGUUGGGUUUGGGUUGGCGCUGGACCGACCAGCAGAAGAGAAUCAAUCAAGCCCAGCCUGAGGAUCUCCGGCUGACGGGUGCAACCGAAGCCCGCGAAAAGACGGCCGAAACACCAGCCAAAACGAUGGAAAUCGGGUGUCAAAGUGGAAAGCAACCAAGGAAGGGAGGGGCGGUGGGUGUGCUGGGCAGAGAAGGAUAUUCUAGAAAGGGAGGAAGGUGGAGCAUAGACACAGUCCAGCGUAUCUGCAGUAGUCCGGUGUCCUCAUCGAUCCAAGGGAGCGGCAACGGCCAUUGGGGGUUGGUCCUCGGGCGGCUGGGCGCGUACCGCAGCAAGGACAGCAGCAGCAGCAGCAACAACAGAACUCUCACACAGCAGGAAGUGGUCGAGAUCAAGGCAAGACAAGACAUAAGACAAGACAAGAAACAAAUCGCCCCGCGACUUUCGCCUCACGGGGAAAGACCGCCACGUGUGUUUGGAUCGUUUCUCGAUCACCAGUUUUCUUUUGAGACCUGCGGCGCGGGAAUGCGUCAGCCCCGGCCGGGUCCGUUUGGUCGCGGGUCCCGUUUGGUGUCGGUUCUGAAGAACGAGGCAAAAGGGAACUUGGAGAGGGACCGAGCAGUGGAUCACUGGGACCAAAGAGAUGUCAGCAAAAUCCCCCAACAGUUAAGAGGGGGAGGGAUUAACGAAGAAACUGAAAAAGGAAUAAAUCAAGAAAAGAAAAUCAUCAGAUCAGGUGUGGAUCCCGCAACUAAAAAAGAGCAACAGAAGAAGAAGGGAAGUGGGAUUUUCUGGGAGACAACGACCGCUGCUGCCGGUGCUGGUACUGGUGCUCCCACUCUCUGGCUGUUCCUUCUGGCAGGGUCCAGUCCACAAGUGCUGUAUCAAGCUCAGACAGUGAGGAUUCCGCGAAUCCGCCACGAAGCAAGGACCAUCAGCCGGAUAAGCUAAACAAGACGCCGGACAGGAACCACCGUUUGGGCUAGGACGGCGAUGAUCCAACCGACGCGGUGUCUGCACACUGGCCUCAGAUUGGCUCCAGGGGAACACGAUGGUGGGAAUGACGGAGAGAGAGGGGAGAGAGGGGGUGUGAAAAACAGAGUAGCGGCAAAAUUGAUAGGUGAGGUGGUAUUGGCAACAAGACAGACACGAUACGUAGGAAAAAUAACCAGACAUGCGCAGGAGAUGUCAGACUUGAGGGGGGAGAAUAAAAAGAAAAUCAAUGAUCACGUACCCGUGGGAAUAACAAUAGCUAAUGACUAUGUCGGUGAUGUGAACAAUGAGAUCGAUGGCUUAAGUGGAAGAAACAAAGAGACACCCGAGUUCUGGAUGGAC